CGAUCGGCCAAAGGGGAAAAAAACACAGCAAGAAACCCAAGAAAUAGAGAGAAGCAAAACUCUCCCAGAAAGGAGAAGAAAUGAGCAGUGGAGUAGGAAAAACGGUGUGCGUUACCGGAGCUUCUGGUUACGUUGCAUCAUGGCUUGUUAAGCUGCUUCUUCUCCGUGGUUACACUGUCAGAGCCUCUGUCCGCGAUCCCAAUGACCCAAGAAAGACACAACACUUGCUUUCACUUGAUGGCGCUGAGAACAGGCUGAAGUUGUUUAAAGCAAAUCUAUUGGAAGAGGGUUCCUUUGAUUCUGUUGUUGAUGGUUGUGAUGGUGUUUUUCACACCGCAUCUCCCUUUUAUCACGAUGUCGUAGAUCCACAGGCAGAAUUAAUUGAUCCUGCUGUGAAUGGUACAUUGAACGUUUUGAACUCAUGUGCUAAGACCCCCUCUGUCAAACGAUUGGUACUGACAUCUUCUAUAGCUGCAGUUGCAUAUAACAGAAAACCUCGUACACCUGAUGUCGUCGUGGAUGAAAAUUGGUUUACCGAUGCUGAUUACUGUAAGGGCUUAAAGCAAUGGUAUGUAGUCUCAAAAACAAUGGCCGAGGAAUCUGCCUGGAAAUUUUCGAAGGAGAAGAACGUUGACAUGGUUACCAUAAACCCUGCUAUGGUAGUUGGCCCUCUUUUACAGCCAACACUUAAUACGAGUGCUGCAGCAAUUUUAAGCUUAAUUAAAGGAGCACAGACCUUCCCCAAUGCAAGAUUGGGUUGGAUCAAUGUUAAAGAUGUUGCCAAUGCACAUAUCCAGGCAUUUGAGAUUCCAUCAGCAACCGGACGGUAUUGUUUAGUCGAGAGAGUUGCACAUUACUCGGAAAUCGUGAAGAUCUUACACGAGCUCUAUCCUUCUCUCCAACUUCCUGAAAAAUGCGCGAACGACAAGCCGUAUGUGCCAACGUAUCGGGUGUCGAAGGAAAAGGCAAAAACAUUGGGUGUAGAAUUCAUUCCUUUGGAUGUGAGCCUCAAGGAAACGGUUGAAAGCUUGAAGGAAAAGGGAUUUGUCGAAUUUUAUAGGUCUUCUUGUAGACUAUAAUAUAGAUGACAGUUUAUUUGCUUGAGUUGCUUGUUCCUGGGUUUGAUUGCUUAUCUUAGUGUUAGUAAAGAUAGGCAAAGUAAUUGAUGUAAAGGUUACUACCAAUGUUAAUAAAACUUGUGUGGCUUGUCA